ACCACCUGUCCCUAUCUUCUGUCCUGACUGAAAGUGCACGACUCUCCCUAGGCAUAACAAGGAUGUCAGAAAGCCAACCUACAGGCACAGGCGAGAAAGAUGUUGAAGGGCCCCCAAACAGGUUUUACGAGCAAUACGUCAGAGCCAUCUACUCCUCCUACACCAUUUAUAGCUCCCAUGUCGUCGGCAUCAUCACUCUCCUUCACGCCAUCAGUGCAGCAGUACAAUGUAUAUCCGAGUCAUAGUCCACAUUUUAUGGAAACACCUUUGGAUCCUUUCCCUCCACCUAUCCAUUACUGGUCACUUCCACAGCAUUACUUCAUACCCUCACGACCAGAUAUGCCUGCUGUAGGACAACCUCAGAACAUCUUAUCACACCAGGGAGGUGGUCAGGAAAGCUACAUUCCGGGUGACUCGGACAAUGAACCACAACCGAAGCCUCCUCAGCCUCCUCACAACCCCUACUUUUUCACACCUACACAGUUGUAUCAGCCUCAGAUCCAUACACAUCUAGGUAGUCACCAGCUGGGUGCUCCUCCACGCAGUAAUCAUCCAAGUCCAGCAAAACAGCAAACAUACUCCCAUCCCAAUUCUCCGGGAGUUAAGAUAGUCCAUGCUGAUGAUUACGAGCAGCGAUAUCCCGAAGACCCUCUAGGAUCGGAAUGCGGUCCAAUGGCUAGAGUCUGGGGGAUAUUCCUUGACGAGUGUCAGGAAUUUGAUGCCGGGAGAUUAGAGACUCUCCAAGACAGCGUAGAUGUUCUACUAGUGUUUGCUGGUUUGUUCUCUGCUGUUGUAACAACUUUUGUGGUACAGACGUCCCAAAGCUUGCAGGCAGACUACACAAAGAUAUCUUCCUAUUUGCUGUAUGAAGCAGUCAGCAUCCAGCGCGCUAUGGCCACUGGUGUUGCGGUUAGCUCUAUUCCGAUGUCUCCAUUGAACCCCACAACCACUUUCGUUGCAUCCACGUCUGAUCGUUGGGUCAAUGGCUUGUGGUUCACAAGUCUCUCCUUGAGUUUGGUAACAGCUCUUGUCGCAGUUCUGGCGAAGCAGUGGAUACGACAACACAUGCUGGCAUCAUCUGGUACUACUCCCCGAGAUCGAGCCAGGAUUCGUCAAUUUCGUUAUAUGGGUUUCGAGGCAUGGAAUGUCCCAGCUAUUAUUGGGAUCCUUCCGUCUCUGCUGCAUAUAUCCCUCACUAUCUUUCUCGUGGGACUGGUCGUCUUCCUGAUAGCCUUGGACCGUCCGAUUGCAUGUGUAAUACUUACAAUAACCGGCGGAUCAUUUGCUUUGUAUAUCAUCGCUAUGUUCCUCCCCGUUUUCUCCCCGCAGUGUCCUUAUCGCACGCCAUUGACGGAUCUCCUCCUCAUGACCUACAGAGAAUUGCUACGAUGGACAUCCAAAGAACAAGAUGUGCAGUAUCCUCCUUCCAUUCGAGAACUGGAACUCCAAACCAUCGAAUCUCAGGCAGACUUCUUAGAUGUUCAGUCUCUUUCUUCGUUGUACACUAUGUCUUCCAACCCUACGGUUCAUAGCUGUGUCAUACAGAGCAUUGGUGGCCUCCCGGUCAGCAUCAAGUCUGAAGAGUUGGAUACUGCAUUCAAAGGAAGCGGAAUCGAGGAGAAACAACAAGAGCUCUUACAGGAAUGUUUGCAACCAUGCAUUGAUCCCAGAUAUUCUGCUCUGAUAAAGGGAAAGGAUGCAUGUAUAGAACGUCUACUUCGUAGCCGUCUCCGUCUUUCAGCGGAUAUACGACAGAGCCAUCAUUCUUGCAUUCCACGUUUACUUUUGACUCCAACUCCCUACGAUCCACCCCUUUCCGAAGUAACGGCGCUGACUGCUGUUAUCGCUUGCCACAAUGAUGUUCGUCCCACCAAUUACCCAUCCGGCGCCGACCUUUUUCUGCGUCUUGCAAAAGAGCGACAACCUGGCAGUGUAGCCCUCCAUCCCUUCGUGUGGAAAUCAUUAUUCUCCGACUUGAUUUCCACCCGCUUUUUCCACCGCCUGGGUCGAUCUAGUCAUCGUCACGCGCUCGAGGAAUUCUGCAAUUUAUUCAGGCGAAUAAUUGCACCUCCGGGAACACUAUGGAAUGGGGCACAGCCACAGGAUGAUGGUACCUACACGAUGAAUUUGCAGAACGCAUUAUCUUUUGGGCUUUACGAUAUCAUCGAGGAGCAGCUGCUGAACGCGCUGGCCAAAUUUGAUAUGUAUUCAAACGAUGCCAAGGUAUCGCGGCAUAUACGCUUAUUACUUGCUAUCAUCAACUACGUCCUCUCCACUCGUUCAUUUCCCGCAGUGCAUUGGAGUGACCCUACCCCAUCAGAGAAGCUCUUUUGUGUACAUUGCCUGGGUAUGUUCCUAUUUGCAAUGCAAGAUCUCCGGAUAUGCAUCAAAGAACAUGCAUCCUUGUCUUUUCGCGAAAGUGCUGCGAUUUCUUCUACCAUAGACGAGGUCAUAAUGUCGCCGCUUUUCGCGAGCGAGUAUAAGCCUUGGUCUCAUGUAUUAUGGAUGAUACGUUACGAUGUGAUUCGUAUCCUAGGACACAUGACUAUUACCCGGUCGCACAAUCCCCAAUCACUGGCGCAUAAUCUGUUCUGGCCGAUCUCAGCUUCGCAACGGCGAAAAUGUAGAGACAUGAUCUGCCGAGUGUCUUUUAAUCGGGAGACACUUGAUGACUUGCCGCAAGGCUUUUAUGCACUAGCAAAGUGUGUUGUGGAGAUGGGCGGUCUUCUGAAAGAUGACAUGAAUAGUGGGGACACCACUGCGUUGCAUACGUUUAUAGAUCUCGAUGUCCUCGGAUUUAUAGGGCGGACGAUGUUCAUGUUUCCCUGGCGCGGCAUCCUACAGGCUUAUAUCUCAGCUGUCUCUCGCACGCUUGAAUCAAGCAAUGCCGUAACAGUGUGUUCUGAUACCGACUCCCAGCCUUAUCACAUCAAUACGCAUCUUAACUAUAUCCAUUACCCUGGAAAUCUUGCGGCUAUCUGCAUCAUACUGGGCGGAAGGCUUGCGAGAUCUCCUGACAAGAUGGAGGAUGCGAGCACGCAGAUGACAUUGUUAAAACUCGCUAGCCUUCGUCCGCUUGAUCCUGUAUGGCCUGCAUGCCUCGAACUUUUGGACAAAUUUUCGCGAGAUGAGCCGUUCCUAAGGGAACAACUGUUCUUGACGAUCAAAGACGAUGCAAAAGAGACGCGAUGGGAACCGUAUAAUGAUCACGAAGUGCGGCUUAUUAUGGUGCGCCUUGAGGAAUCUGUCGCCACUUUAAAACCAUAUUUUGUACAACAUUCUAACACGACGGAGAUAUCAACUUGCCAUCCCACGAGCGGUUCCGACUCCGAGGACCCAUUGCUGGACAUAAAUGCGUCUCGAGUUAGUAUGUUCAGUUUAGAUAAUUCUGCCAUACCACAUCCACCAGCACCACCCUAUAUACCAGACGAUACCGACUGA